UAUUCAGGCCAGAACGCGAACAUCCGAGCUUUCAGCUUCCUGAUAUGAAGACUGCAGAGUUGUGAUCGACGCUGGAGCUCCGGUAGAGAUCGACCUUUAACACGAAGAGGAAUAAAGUUAACCUUAUGCCAUCAGCUACUGGUGGAACUAACGCUGCAGGGCUGUUGAAGGGAGGGGGUAUGCCCAGUAAUGAAGAAUGUGGAAUCCGCGAUGUAUGGGGGCACAACUUGGAAGAAGAAUUCCGAACGAUUCGUCAAGUUGUGCAACAAUUUCAAUACGUUGCUAUGGAUACAGAAUUUCCUGGUGUUGUCGCUAGGCCCAUAGGUGAGUUCAGAACAAGCGCCGACUACCAAUAUCAAUUGUUACGGUGCAAUGUUGACCUUUUAAGGAUCAUACAACUCGGUCUAACAUUUCUGGAUGAAUCUGGUAACACACCUGGUGGAAGUUAUACGACAUGGCAAUUCAACUUCAAAUUCAAUCUACAAGAGGACAUGUACGCACAGGACAGUAUAGACAUGCUGCAAAACAGCGGUAUUCAAUUCAAGAAACACGAAGAGGAAGGUAUCGAUCCUCUAGAUUUCGCCGAGCUUCUUAUGACCUCGGGGAUAGUUCUCGUCGAUGAUAUUAAAUGGCUUUCUUUUCACUCUGGAUAUGACUUUGGAUAUUUAUUGAAACUACUCACUGAUCAAAAUUUACCUCAGGAAGAAAGCGAAUUCUUUGAACUUCUCAGGAUAUAUUUUCCGACAGUUUAUGAUGUCAAAUACCUGAUGAAGUCAUGCAAGAACUUGAAAGGUGGUUUACAAGAAGUCGCUGAACAGCUGGAACUGCAACGCGUUGGACCGCAACAUCAAGCAGGCUCAGAUUCGCUACUAACUGGCAUGGUAUUCUUCAAAAUGCGAGAGAUGUUUUUCGAGGACAAUAUCGACGACGCGAAAUAUUGCGGGCAUCUUUACGGCCUUGGUACCUCGUUCGUUGUCAACGGUUCUGGCGGUUAUCUAGACAGUAACGGAGACAAUUCGUCCUCCUCGUAAUAGAUUGUAUUACAUCGCAAUGAAAAUCUGGGUCCCGAUCAAGUAUAGGCAAUCUAAUAUGUACGCUCUGGUAUACAUGUAAACAAUUCUGAAAAGUCUCCGGAAAAAGGCGAAGACCGACUCAUGUGACACCUUAUAUAAAUAUAUGUAGAUUUUUACACUGAAGCUACAAUUACAGGCAAAAAAUAUUGAAUAUUGAUUUUAAAAAUUGUAAAAUAAUUCGUCGUUUCGAAUGUCGGACGGGUUUGAUACAGGAACGGAAAUAAAACAAAGUGCUAUUUGUUAAACAUUGUUAUACAGACUGUUCAUAACAAUUUACAAGAUAGUAAUUAAAAAAAAUUAUAAUUAAAA